UUCCAACAGCCACAACCAUGCCCUCAACCCGGAAAACUCGUAAUGGCACACGCUCCUCUCUUCUAACCCAUGGCUUCCCGACUUUUUAUGCUUGCUACCUUCUGAAAUCUAUCAAGUCAAUAUCAUCAAAGGCGACUUACAUUGGAAGUACUCCCGAUCCUCCGAGAAGGAUAAGGCAACACAAUGGCGAGUUAUCUCAAGGGGCAUAUAAAACCAGAAACAAACGACCAUGGGUGAUGCAACUCAUCGUAUAUGGUUUCCCUUCAAAAUUAGCAGCACUUCAGUUUGAAUGGGCGUGGCAGCAUCCACACGUCUCCAGACACAUUCGAGAUUCCAGUGGCAAGCGAAUCUUCAACGCCAGUGGACGAUACCUGAACCGGAACGUUGAAAUUCUACGACAUAUGAUAUCAAUUCACCCUUACAACACCUGGCCCCUCCAACUUAAGAUAUUCACCCGUGAAGCUCAGAAAUGUUGGGAAAAUGCUUCAAAGGCCAAAGACGGCAAUCCAGCAUCGUCGCCGCUUCCUCGAGGCUUCACCAUAUCGGUCGAGUUGGAAGGAGUGGACGGGAAGACGGGCUUCGUUGGAACGGGCAGAACGAGGCCAAUAGAGGUUAAGGAUGAGGGUUUCUCGUCAAACCACGUUAAAAAAAACCUAGAUCUCCUUGCUUCCAGUAAACAACUGGUGUGUGCAGUCUGUAAGGAGGGUUUGACGGAUUACACCAAUGAUCCUCUGUCACACACAUUAUGCCCAGAAGUAUCCUGUGUAUCUGCGGCGCAUCUGACUUGCCUCUCCCACAAGUUUCUUUUAGAAGAAUCCAUCUCUUCCAAGACGAGGCCAAUGAUCCCUAGAGGUGGCAUUUGUCCCGGUUGUUCGCACUAUGUCCUCUGGGGUCACGUAAUCAAGGGAUUGUACCGCCGUUCUGUAGGGGGGGUGAGAUCGGCAAUGGAGGACGAUAUGAACGAGGACGUCGAACACGGGGAAAUGUUUGCUUCGGACAGUGAUGAAGAUAUCACUUCACCUGCGUCCGUACGGAAACCUCAAUCGCUAAGCUCCAGCAAAGGGAAAGCGAAAGCGAGUAGCAGCGAAGGGGAAUAUUUCGAUUUCAGCACGGUUGACGCCUAUAUCUCCUCAGCAGAGGAGGUCUCCACUACAAGAGUAUUGAGACCCGCGACAUUGUCUCCGAGAAAACUAACUACAACCCUCAAGGCUCCAAGCAAAAGGCAGAGGACAAAGAUUCCUCUAAGUCGCAAAUCUCAGAGCAGUGAAGGAGAAGCAGUUGACUUCGAUAAGGUUGAAAUGUCUUCAUCUGCAGCCACACCAAAGCGUAAGAGAGGGAGGCCUGCGAAAACCUCAACAACUUUACACUCUGGGGUUGGAUCUAAAAAAGGUCGACCAAGCAGGACACCCUCAUCACCACCCACGCAGAUUAUAUCCCGGUCGAUCAGUUCCUGCGAAGUCCCGAAAUUCCGCAACUUAUACGAUUCGGAUGAUGCCACAGACAUGGAUAUACCUCACAGUGAAUAUCAGGAUGUCCUGGUGAGGUCCAUGUCCAGUUUGACAGUAUCAUCGCCUUCACCUGCCAUCAUCGAGAUCUCGGACUAG